CUUUCUUUAUUUAACGUAUUUAUAUAUAUCUUUACAUAUGGCAUUGGGUUUUGCAGAAAUGGAGUCUGAGGCACUGAUAUGGGGAGACAAACUCUUACUGAGAGGAUUGUCGUUCCAUGGUUUUCACGGAGCAUUACCCGAAGAGAGGAAAUUAGGUCAAAAGUUCGUGGUAGACAUUGAUGCAUGGAUGGAUCUCAAACAAGCUGGCAAAUCUGACAACUUAUCAGAUACUGUCAGUUACGCAGAUAUAUAUUACUUAGCUAAGGAAAUUGUUGAAGGGUCAGCUCAGAAUCUUCUGGAAUCAGUAGCUGAAAAAAUUGCAGUGAUGACUCUGACAGAUCAUGAACAAAUAUCUGCUGUUCGUGUGAAGAUUGAAAAGCCUCAUGUUGCAGUUCAUGGUCCGCUUGAUUAUUUAGGUGUUGAGAUAUUUCGACGCAGAGCUCAUUUGUCAAAUUAGAACUUUUAUCUUCUUUUGCUGCUCUUAUUUUGUUAUAUGCUACAAGUCUAUGUCUUAUUAUUCCAAUACUUUUAUAUUAUUUAGGAUAUUAAUAAUGUUUUUUCAGUUUUCUUAAUUAAUAUAAGACUAUGUUUUUUUGUUGUUAU